AUGACCUGUUGCUUUGGACCUGGGACCGUUUCUGUGGCCCAGACACUGUCAUCUACUCGGUCUUUAUCAACCGACCAUUUUCUUGGAACUUCUUCGCCAUUGUCGAUGACAGCAAACUUUUCGAGGUCCAGCAAGUGGAGGAGGACAAAGACUUCGAUCCAUGUGGACUGGAAGAGGCAUCUGUUUGCAACGAGUGCAGCGCAAGAGAGAUGA